GUAGAAAAACGCAGAAUGACUAAAAUAUAUUAUUCUCAGGCACUCACCAUUCACCAAAACGCCCUCCAUCCCCAGUCUCUUGGUUCAAAUUCUUAUUAAUGUCAUUCUUGCUCGGAAUUCCUUCGUUUGAUGAUUAGGGUUAGGGCAAUCACGCGCAUGGAAGCUUCCUCCGACCCCGUCACUCCUCCGGUGACUUCCAUCUCCAAUCGCUACGGUAUCCCAUCCGCUUCUAACAUUCUUCAGGCUCCGUUAUCGCUCUUGUUGGAGCAUUUAGGGAUUCUGCGAAGCAGGUCUAAUCAGCAAGAGACUGAACCUUUAAUCAACAACAAUCGACUGUCUUCUGGACUCCGUGAUGCUCUCCGGAGUCGCCUUGACGAGUCCUCCGUCAUUACUAAUGAUGGUGAGGUGUCGAUUAGUAUUAUAGGGGCUGGGGAUCAGCGCCUUGACAGGGAAGGCGAAGUGAGGGAAGUUCUGUCUCGGAAUGAUGUAUCGAUAUCGGCGCAACCCUUGGCUGGGAUGCCCUCUACGACGCUUACCCCUGCUUCGGGCAAUCAGGAACAUUCUAGGACUGAUCAUGAUGCUGGAGAGGGCGUUUCCCAAUCCGUGAAUGCGAAUUCUGAUGCAGAGGCUGGUGAUGGAGUUGGUGCUAACGAUAGGGAUUCUUCCUCACAGAGGUAUGAUAUUCAGCAGGCUGCUCGCUGGAUUGAACAGAUCCUGCCCUUUUCCUUACUGUUGCUGGUUGUCUUCAUUCGGCAGCACCUUCAAGGGUUUUUUGUUACAAUUUGGGUUACUGCUGUCCUUUUCAAAUCAAAUGAUAUUUUGAGGAAGCAGACAGCUCUUAAGGGAGAGAGGAAAGUCCCUGUAUUGACUGCUAUUUCUAUUGCAUUUACAUUGCACGUGGUUGGUGUAUAUUGGUGGUGUCAGAAUAAUGAUAUGCUAUAUCCGUUGGCUAUGCUUCCUCCUAAAGUCAUACCUCCAUUCUGGCAUGUUAUUUUCAUCAUCACAGUGAAUGAUGCUUUGGUACGCCAGGCAGGAAUGGUAUUCAAGUGUAUCUUGUUGAUGUAUUACAAGAAUGGCAGAGGCAGAAAUUAUCGUAAGCAGGGUCAAAUGCUGACUUUGGUUGAGUACCUACUACUUCUUUACCGUGCCUUGUUGCCAACUCCAGUAUGGUAUCGGUUCUUCUUGAACAAAGAAUAUGGAAGUUUCUUUUCUUCAUUGAUGACAGGAUUAUAUCUAACAUUCAAGCUGACAUCAGUCAUCGAAAAGGUGCAAUCCUUCUUUGCUGCAGUGAAGGCAUUGUCGUGUAAAGAAGUGCACUAUGGGGCUCAUGCAACAUCUGAACAGGUGAAUGUUGUUGGUGAUCUUUGUGCUAUUUGCCAGGAAAAGAUGCAUACCCCAAUCUUACUUUCUUGCAAUCACAUCUUCUGCGAAGAAUGUGUAUCAGAAUGGUUUGAGAGGGAAAGGACCUGCCCCUUGUGCAGGGCAUUGGUAAAACCUGCAGAUCUGAAAUCAUUUGGGGAUGGCUCUACUAGUUUGUUUUUCCAGUUAUUCUGAAAUUCAAGUAAUGCAAGGUUGCAAGUUUUCCAAAGCUGAUAGCAGACAUGAUCCAUACAUCAGCAGAGGCAACACUCGCUGGAGGCUCCAUGAAAAUAUCAUUUCACCAAGCAGAAUCAAACUGGUCAUCUGUUCAUAUAGUGUAUCAGUAAAAGGUUCAAGUGUAUCUAAACAGGCACCGUAAGUGUAAGCUAGAAGAGGAAGCUAAUUGGACAAUUAAUCAAAUGUACAUUCGUGGGGAUUGAGAGUAUACCUUUCAGUCACCUAUAUUGUAUCGUGUGGUUAAUAUAACAUAUUUCUUUACAGAAAUUUAGGCCAAAAGAAAAUCUUGAUAGAAAUUGCUGCUUUUGACAA